ACGAUGAGGUGCGGAAGGUGGACCUGGUCUCGGCCUCGGUGGUGGUGGUGGGCGUCAUCGCCGCCGUCCUGCUCUGCGUCCUCGUCGUCGUCGUCGUCGUCAUGACCCUCUACCACAAGCGCAAGACCAAGCGCAUCUCCGAGAAGUAUGAGGAGGAGCUGACCCUCACCCGGGAGAACUCCAUCCGCCGCCUGCACUCGAGCCACAGCACGGACACCCGCACCCAGCUGGAGGAGACGCUGCAGCUGCGGGCAGAGAGCCGCCAGGGCAGCCUGCGGGGGGACAGCCUGCGCGGCACCAGCAUCUGCUCGGCCAUGAGCGAGGAGCCCGAGGGCCGCAGUUACUCCACGCUCUCGACCGUGCGGGAGAUCGAAACGCAGACCGAGGUCCCUGCGGCGCCGGCGGGGAAGGAGCCCAAGGACGAGGAGGAGGAAGGCGGCGGCGGCCCCGGCGGCGACGACCCCAUCAAGCAAGCCAUGACCCACUUCGUGCAGGAGAACGGCAUGCUCCAAGCCAAGCCCACCACCAACGGCAUCUACAUCAACGGCCGCGGGCACCUCGUGUGAGCCGCUGCCCAUGGAGGUUGUUGG